AACCAUGCUGCUCGUUUUUUCAGGUUGUCUGUAUUUAUACAAUGCUGGUACAGAUAUUAACCGCUACUUUCUGGACUUUGAUCCCGAAUUCUUUCGGGGACUUAUUAAUUUACGCCAUUCUUGUCUUAACUAUUGUGAUUUACGUCAAAUCAUUGAAGCGUGAUAAAGAAUGGUUGGCCCUCCCCGGUCCCAUACCAUGGCCCCUAGUCGGAAACGCCCCUUUUCUGGGGGCUGAGCCUCACAAGAAACUUCUCGAACUUUCCCUUAAAUAUGGACCUGUUUAUCGACUCAAAAUGGGCGGUAUUAAAACGGUAGUACUCUGCAACGCAGAAGUGGUAAGAUCGGCACUGAUUAAGCAAAGAGAGGCUUUUUCAGGCAGGCCAAAAUUUUCUUCCUAUAAAGCGGUAUCAGCUGGCGAAAGCGUAGUCUUCAACGACGAAGAAACCUUACCCCCUUGGCGUUCGCAUAAGUCAAAGAUAGUCCGCCACAUGCACAAAUACACGACUUCUAUUCGUACUCGGGACAAAGUCACAGAUCUUAUAAACACAGAGUGUAUGAUGAUGGUCACUGAACUGGAUCGCAUAUCUAGAUCCAAAUGCGUCAACCCAGAAAAUGUUAUACGAAUGGCUUUAGCGAACGUAAUGUGCGCCGUGUGUUUUGGAAACCGCUUUGAAUACGAUAACGAGGAAUUCCAAAAGCUAUUGAGUAUGAACACAGAAUUUGGCGCCGUUAUAGAACUGGGACCGAUAAUUGAUGCAAUGCCGUGGAUCAAGGUCAUUCCGAAAUUCAAGAAAGCCAUUGCCGAUUAUUUGAAAAUCAACUUGCAACUGGACACUUGGUCAAGACAUAGAGUCGAUGGGGUUCUUAAAACAUUCGACAAUGAUGACGUCACAAAUGUAGUAGCUUCGAUGACGUCAGAGGUGCUCGAGAAAAAGUCAGCGGGAGAGUCAAGGGAAAUAACCGAAAGCGAGACAAAAACGAUUGCUGCUCUUUCAGCAGAUAUACUUGGGGCGGGCCAACACACAACUUCUACAACUUUUUUCUGGGUCAUAAAUUUACUCCUAUGUUUUCCAAAAGUCCUCAAUAAACUCACGGAAGAAGUCCGGAGCAAACUCGGAAACAGACUUCCAACCUUGGAGGAUCGAACCUCCCUAUCUUACAUGGACGCGGUACUGACAGAGGUUUUGCGGUUUUCGUCGCCUUUAUCCAGCACUAUACCACAUUCUACGUUAAAAGACGUCAAACUAGCAGGCCACACCAUUAAGAGAGGCACUAUGGUUAUCAUUAGUCAAUACGCUGUAAACCACGACCCGCAAAAUUGGAAAAAUCCGGAAAAUUUUGACCCAGAGCGAUUUCUAACGAAAAACGAAGGCGGUGAAAUUAUCUUCAACGAAAGUUUAUCAGAAAAGGUUCUCGCAUUUUCGAUUGGGGAGCGUAAAUGUCCCGGAAGUCAAUUGUCACGAAUGUUACUAUUUUUGGCCACUACACUGCUGGUUCAAGUCAGUGAUUUAUCUGCCGAUCUCGAGCGCCCACCGACGGCGGCGGCGGAGUAUGGUUUAAUUUUACGACCAAAACACUUAUCCAUAAAAUUGACACUAAGAGAGCACUGGCAACGUCGUGACUCAAUUCGCGCAUAA